CCGUCCAAUCAGAGAGGCGGAGCGCGGACGGGCAUUAUGAGGACGGCUGCGUGCGUCGGUGUGUGACGCAGUUUCUCCCCCCCCACCCCCCUUUCGCGGCGAGGCGACGACGGCUGAGGCGGGUGUUGUGGAGGCGCCGCCGCUUCUGCUGGGGGAGGCGCCGCUGACCGGCCGGCCCGAGGCCCCGCGCCGCCAGAGGCCCAGCUGAGGUUUUGAGAACCUGACGCAACUUCAAAAUGUUUAACAAAUCGUUUGGGACGCCUUUUGGAAGCAGCACGGGGGGCUUUGGGACGACGUCAACUUUUGGCCAGAAUACAGGCUUCGGCACGACGAGCGGAGGAGCGUUUGGGACGUCUGCUUUUGGAACAAACAAUAACACAGGAGGACUCUUUGGGAACACGCAGGCCAAGCCAGGAGGACUGUUUGGUUCGAGCACGUUCAGCCAGCCAGCCACGUCUUCCACAAGCACCGGCUUUGGGUUUGGAACGUCAACAGGAACGUCCAGCGGCUUAUUUGGGACUGCGAGCACUGGUGGAGGCCUCUUCUCAUCCCAGAACAAUGCCUUUGCACAGAGUAAACCCGUGGGGUUUGGCAACUUUGGGACAAGUACGAGCAGUGGCGGUUUAUUUGGAACCACAAACACCACCUCCAACCCGUUUGGGGGUACGUCCGGCUCCCUCUUCGGAUCGACGAGCUUUACGGCUGUUCCAACGGGCACCACCAUUAAAUUCAAUCCGCCGACUGGCACUGACACAAUGGUCAAAUCCGGAGUCAGUACAAACAUCAGCACAAAACAUCAGUGUAUUACGGCCAUGAAGGAAUACGAAAGUAAAUCUCUCGAGGAACUUCGCUUGGAAGAUUAUCAAGCCAACCGCAAAGGACCCACCAACCCUGUAGGAGCUGGAACAACCCCCGGGCUGUUUGGAUCGUCUACAGCUACGUCCAGUGCUGCCACAGGUCUCUUUGGCUCCUCCACCACGAACACCGGCUUUUCGUACGGACAGAAUAAAACGGGCUUUGGAACCACCACGACAGGUUUUGGAGCAGGGACAGGGGGCCUCUUUGGGCAGCCGCAGCAAACAACCAGCCUUUUCAACAAGCCCUUUGGCCAGGUGACGACAACGCAGAACACCGGCUUUUCGUUUGGCAACACGGGCACCCUCGGACAGCCCAAUACGAACACCAUGGGCUUGUUUGGAGCAACGCAGCCCUCGCAGACCGGAGGCCUUUUUGGAACCGCUGCAAAUACGAACACCGCGACCGCCUUUGGAACCGGGACGGGCCUCUUCGGACAACCCAACACCGGCUUUGGCGUUGGCGGCUCGUCCCUUUUUAGCAACAAGCCCGCUGGAUUUGGAACCACGACCACCAGCGCGCCUUCCUUCGGAACGACGACGGGCAGCCUUUUCGGCUUUGGGGCAAACACCACUGGAAAUAGCCUGUUUGGAAACAAGCCUGCGGCUGGGGCUCUGGGAACUGGACUUGGAACUGGAUUUGGGACAGCCCUUAAUGCAGGGCAGACGUCGUUAUUCGGGAGCACACAGCCCAAACUGGGAGGCACUCUGGGGACAGGAGCGUUUGGGGCUCCUGGAUUUAACACGGCGGCAGCUGGUCUCGGCUUUGGAGCUCCCCAGCCUGCUGUGGCUCUGACAGACCCGAAUGCCUCAGCCGCCCAGCAAGCCAUUCUUCAGCAGCACCUCAACAGCCUGACUUACUCGCCUUUCGGGGACUCUCCGCUCUUCAGGAACCCCAUGUCUGAUCCAAAGAAGAAGGAGGAGAGGCUGAAGCCAACCAAUCCCGCGGCUCAGAAGGCGCUGACCACGCCCACUCACUACAAGCUGACCCCCCGUCCUGCCACGCGAGUGCGGCCGAAAGCUUUGCAGACAACGGGGUCCUCAAAAUCCCAGCUCUUUGAUGGCCUGGAUGAUGAUGAGCCAGCCCUGUCCAAUGGGUCUUUCAUGCCCAAGAAGAGCAUCAAGAAGCUGGUUCUGAAGAACCUCAACAGCAGCAGCCUGUUCUCCCCCGUCGGCGGUGAAGCGGAGGACCUCGCCUCUCCCUCUGAGUAUCCAGAAAAUGGGGAACGAUUCAACUUCCUCUCCAGGUCAGUCGACGAGAACCACCGGCCAGACGGAGAGCAGGAGGAGGAGGACGAUCGCCACGAGGUGACGAGCUUCUACACCAACCCCAUUGCGAAGCCGGUCCCGCAUACCCCGGAGAGCCUCAUCCACAAGCACCAGAACCACGUGGACGACACCAUCAUGGCCCUGAACAUGCGAGCGGCCCUGCGGAACGGGCUGGAAGGCAGCAGCGAAGACGCCUCCUUCCACGAGGACUCCCUGCAGGAUGACCGGGAAGAGGAGAAUGAGAAUGCGCACCAGGCGCACCCAGCAGGGAUCUGUUUAACCCGAGUGGGCUACUACACGAUUCCAUCGAUGGAGGAGUUGGCCAGAAUGACCAAUGAGAAGGGGGAGUGUGUGGUGACAGACUUCACCAUCGGCCGUAAAGGCUACGGCUCCAUCUACUUCGAAGGAGACGUCGAUCUGACGAAUCUGGACCUCGACGAGAUUGUGCAUAUCCGCAGGAAAGAAGUGAUCGUCUACCCAGACGAUGAGCUGAAGCCGCCCAUCGGAGAAGGCCUAAACAGGCGAGCCGAGGUCACUCUGGACGGCGUCUGGCCGACCGACAAAACCUCUCGAGUCCUGAUCAAGAGCCCCGAGCGCCUGGCGGAGAUGAGCUACGAGAGCAGGCUGGAGGCGGUCUCCCGAAAGCAGGGCGCCCAGUUCAAGGAGUACCGCCCGGAGACGGGCUCGUGGGUAUUCAAGGUGGCCCACUUCUCCAAAUACGGCUUGCAAGAUUCCGAUGAGGAGGAAGACGAGCACCCGUCCAAAGCGGAGGCGAAGAAGCUCAAAACUGUCCAGCCGCCCCCAGUGGGCCAGUCCCAGCCAGCAGCCCUGAGCAGGAAGCCAGCGCCCUCCUCUCAGAGCCCGGACAUCGAGCAGCUGGGGAAGGCGGUGGAGCUGGACAGCGACAUGGCAGACGUCACUCAGGAAGCCGCUCCAGAGUUCGCCGCGGAAGAGAGCCUGGGAGAGGAGCCGGAGCUGGUGCCGGCGUCCGCACACAUCGCGUCCUCCCUGGAAAUCAAUCCUCACACUUUGCAGAUUAUGAAGGCCUCCUUGCUUGUAGAGGAGGAGGAUUUGGACCUGAUCCUGGAUCGUGGUUUUGGCAGGCAGCUGACCCCCGCGGACACCCCCCGGGCGAUCUGUUCUCCUAGAGUCCCAAUCUCCUCUGCGUCGCGAGGACAGAAAAGCCGUCCCUCAGCUGGCGGGCUGCUGCAGUCAAGACUCUUGAACGGAUCCUUCCUCCAUCCAGCCGCUUCCCUCCAAGACGGCCGCAGCCUGAGGACUACCUCGCUCGGCGGCGCCCCGUCUGUGCCACCGUGGCCCACGCUCUCUCCGCUCGCUCCCACCAUCACAGUACCCAGUUCUGCGCCCGACGUGCCGUUGAAAGUAGUGGGCGUCCGCAGGCAGCCCGGCCUGGUGCCCCUGGAAAAAUCGGUCGCCUACGGGAAAGGAAAGCUCCUGAUGGAUAUGGCGCUCUUCAUGGGGCGCUCCUUCCGCGUGGGCUGGGCACCCAACUGGACCCUGGUCCAUAACGGGGAGCAGCUAAGCCACUCAAGCGAUCAGGCAGACAGCCCCGACGAGUCCCUGGAGUAUGGAUUCCUGCCUGCACCCUUUGCUCCUAAGCAGUUCUCAGAGUCCCCCUUCAAAGUUCACAUGGAGAAGUUGAGUUUGGAAGGAAAGACCGUGGAUGGGGACCAGCAGUUGUACCUCGUUCCGCUGGAGAUCAAGCUAAAGCACAGCACCGUUCACAUGGAUGAGCAGUGUCCUUUCCUGGCCCCCAACCCCGGAGUAACAGCUGUCCACGAAUACGCCGCAUGGGCCAGAGAGGCAUCUGGAGACCCAGAGGAGAGUGAAGUGGUCAAGCACUGGUACCUGGUGUGGACCUUGUGCGAGGCGCUCUGGGGGCGGCUGAAGGAGCUGGAGGCCCGCCCGGGGGAGCCCAGCGAGUACAUCGUGGCCCUGGAGCGGCGGAAGGCCUUCUCCCAGUGGCUCUCGCAGACGGCUUCCGAACGGAUCGAGGACGAGGUCUCUCUCAGCCAGCACCACAGCCCGGCCGAGGCCGUCUUCAGCUACCUGACCGGGAAGCGGAUCAGCGAAGCCUGCGGGCUGGCACAGCAGUCGGGGGACCACAGGCUGGCGCUGCUCCUUUCCCAGCUGGUGGGCAGCCAGGAGGUUCGGGAGCUCAUGGCCAUGCAGUUGGCAGACUGGCACCAGCUGCAGGCCGACUCCUUCAUCCAGGAGGAGAGGCUGCGCAUCUUUGCUCUCCUAGCUGGCAAGCCGGUGUUGCAUUUGUCCGAGCAGAGAAGCAUCAACGUCUGUUCCCAGCUGGACUGGAAGCGCACUGUUGGUGUCCACCUCUGGUACCUGCUUCCCUCCACGGCACCGCUGUCCCAGGCCCUUGGCAUGUACGAAGCUGCGUUCCAGGACUCCUCCGCAUCGGAUAAGUACGCUUGUUCUCCGCUGCCUCCAUAUCUGGAGGGCUCAGGCUGUGUGGUUGAGGAAGGCGAUCCACAGCACUCCGUGCAGGACGUGUGCUUCCACCUGUUGAAGCUGUACAGCGACAGGUGCUAUGACCUCCAUCAGCUGCUGGACCCUCGGAGCAUCACGGCCAAUCCCUUAGACUAUCGCCUCAGCUGGCACCUCUGGGAAGUGCUGCGUGCCUUGAAUUACACCCACUUGUCGGAGCAGUGCCAGGGCGUGCUGAAUGCCAGCUACGCGGCCCAGCUCGAGAGGGAGGGGCUGUGGGAGUGGGCGGUCUUCGUACUCCUUCACACGCCCAACGCACACGUUCGCGAGAGGGCGGUGCGGGAGCUCUUGAGCCGUCACUGCAUGCUCUCUGAGACGCCGGACUCCUGGGCCAAGGAGACUUUCCUCAUGGAGCGGCUGUGCGUGCCGCCGGAGUGGAUCUACGACGCCAAGGCAGUGAGGGCCCGGAUGCAGGGGGACAACCACAAGGAGGCCCUGUUCCUGUCCAGAGCCGGGCACUGGAACCCGUGUCACAGGCUGGUCGUCAGGCACUUGGCGGCAGAUGCCAUCGUCAACGAGCAGUACACCUACCUGAAGGGGUUCUUGGAAGACAUGGCCACCCCCGAGCACAGCCUCCUGAUCCAAGACUGGGAGACGGAAGGGUUGGUUUUCCUGGACUACAUCCGAGUCAUCGAGAUGCUCGGCAGGAUUCAGCAGCUGGAUUGUUCUGGGUACGAGCUGGAGGAUUUGCACACCAGGGUGACGUCCCUCUGCAACAGGAUCGAGCAGGUCCCCUGCCACAGCGCCAAGGACAGGCUGGCUCAGUCGGAGAUGGCCAAGAGCAUCGCCAACAUCCUGCGCGUGGUGCUGAGCUUGCAGCACCCUCCGGACUCUGCCUCGGACUCCACCCCCGACGUCCAGAGGGUGCCCUUGCGCCUGCUGGCCCCCCACAUCGGCCGGCUCCCCAUGCCUGAGGACUACGCCCUGGACGAGCUCCGCGGCCUCACGCAGUCCUACCUGCGGGCCUUGACUGUGAGCCAGUGAGGCAAGUCUGCCUCUGGACGCGGGCAGGCCCGGUGAUCCUCAUUUCCGCUCGGGGCCCCAGUGUGCGGGGCUGGACUGGACACACACCCUCACCUGCCGCAUAGGACCUCUUUCUGCCCGCCGACGCUCCUUGGCUGCCUCCCGCGUAACCACAGAAUUGGAGCACACAGAUCCGGCCGGGGGGGGGUGUCUCUCGAGCCGCUCGCCUUCCCCGGUGCUUUUUCUAGUGCUAAUAAAGCCUUUGCUGCCGCCGAAGCCGGCUGGGGGUGCCCGUCGGGCCCGUGACCAUCAGAAUCGCCGAAGUGACGAGAAGAGUCAUCGGGAGCCGCGCGCUCAGCACCACUUUCAUCGGAGGGCUUCUUUUGGGCACGGGAGGGGGGGGGACGCUUGGGACGCGUCUCUGCGAUUUCGGAGGGGAGGGAGCGUCUCCACCGUGCUCGUGCCCAAGGGGAGUGGGUCCGAGCCCAGCCGUGCAGUCCAUGGGAGGAGGGACCUCUCCGCUCAGUGCCACGAGCCCAGCUUUGGCCAGGGAGGCAGCCCAAAGGGCCGAGCCCUCCAUGGAGUGGGCGGGCGGGCCUUUUCUUCCGGGGGGGGGGGGGACGUGUGUGAGACAUAAAAGGGCCUCGGGCUACCGAGAAGGGGGGGGGCUGGAGCGCUCCGCGUUGGAGACCGCAGCAGGUUUUCAGGGGCAGGGAAUGGCAGCGGCUUCUGUCUGAGCGGCAGUGCCAGGCGGGCUCUCCUCGGCUGAUGCCGGGACAUGGCCUGCUCAGCUCAGCUCAGGCAGCAGCUGUCGGCCUGGCGGGGGGUGUGUGUCUCCCUCCCGGUGACGAGCCGCCUUGCGAUGUGGUUCUGUCGCACUUGCAAAAAAGAGGGGCGGGCUUUGAGGGCAAGAGGCGGUUCGGCAAGAAGGCAACAGGAAGCCGGUCCCGUAUGUCUUGUUUCCUUUGGGCCUCAUAGCCGGAGU